CCGGCCGCGUCCUUCGCCCCGCCACUCCCUCUACCUCUAAAGCAAGCGUCCCCCCCGCCGCCUUUCUGUCCCGGUGGCCGCUGAGCCCCAGGGUCGGUUAGCAGGGGCCAGGCGGGACGCCUCUGAGGAUAGCACCGCGGCCCUAGCGCACCCGGGUGGCGCCACUGCGCGCGCGGGGCAGCUGCGGGCGACGGGGACGCGCGGAGGGGACCCGGCCGGGGGCGCCUUGGAAGGGCAGCGGCGAGGGGCGCGGCGCCCCCGGAAGCUGGGGUAGAGGCGCCCGGGCGCGAUGCGGUGAGGGGACAGGGACGCGGCGGUGGCGAUGAGUGCCUCUGCGGCCACCGGGGUGUUCGUGCUGUCCCUCUCGGCCAUCCCGGUCACCUACAUCUUCAACCACCUGGCAGCCCAGCACGAUUCCUGGACCAUUGUUGGGGUUGCUGCCCUCAUCCUGCUCCUGGUGGCCCUUUUGGCUCGGGUCCUCGUCAAAAGAAAACCACCACGGGACCCUCUGUUCUACGUGUAUGCGGUGUUUGGAUUUACCAGCGUGGUGAACCUCAUCAUAGGCCUGGAGCAAGACGGCAUCAUCGAUGGGUUUAUGACCCACUACCUGAGAGAGGGCGAACCGUAUCUGAACACGGCCUAUGGGCACAUGAUCUGCUACUGGGAUGGCUCUGUUCAUUACCUGAUGUACCUGGUGAUGGUGGCCGCCAUAGCAUGGGAGGAAAGCUAUAGAACCAUUGGCCUAUACUGGGUCGGAUCCAUUAUAAUGAGCAUUGUGGUUUUUGUGCCUGGAAACAUUGUAGGAAAAUAUGGAACACGAAUUUGCCCUGCAUUUUUCUUAAGCAUACCAUAUACAUGUCUUCCAGUCUGGGCUGGCUUCAGAAUCUAUAAUCAGCCAUCAGAAAACUAUAAUUAUCCCUCAAAGGUUCUCCAAGAAGCCCAAGCAAAGGCCCUGCUAAGAAGACCAUUUGACUUAAUAUUGGUUGUGUGUCUUUUAUUGGCAACUGGAUUUUGCCUGUUCAGAGGUUUGAUUGCUUUGGAUUGCCCAGCUGAGCUCUGCCGACUCUACACACAGUUUCAAGAGCCCUACCUAAAGGACCCUGCUGCUUAUCCUAAAAUUCAGAUGCUGGCAUACAUGUUCUAUUCUGUCCCUUACUUUGUGAUUGCACUUUAUGGAUUAGUGGUCCCUGGAUGUUCAUGGAUGCCUGAUAUAACGCUGGUCCACGCUGGAGGUCUAGCUCAGGCUCAGUUCUCUCACAUCGGUGCUUCCCUUCAUGCGAGAACUGCUUAUGUCUACAGAGUCCCUGAAGAAGCGAAAAUCCUUUUUUUAGCGUUAAACAUAGCCUAUGGAGUUCUUCCUCAGCUCUUGGCCUAUCGUUGCACCUACAACCCUGAGUUCUUCCUAAGAACAAAGGCAGAUGAAAAGGUGGAGUAAACAUACCUCACGUCCUUUCUGAGCCUGUUAAUGGAACUCUACUUUUCUUCCCUUCCAUACAUGAAUACUCAUGAACAAUUCACAUUCUUGCUCUGCAGCUUAUUUUCUCUGUGAGUGAAAAUAAUAUUAUUGUGUGGGCACAUUUUCAUUUUUGAAGGGAAACUGAAGUUGAGAAACAGCUUGUUUAAAAAAAAAGUAUCAAAAUUUUUUUGUGAAUGUGAUCAUUGAUUUUAACAUUGUUUGCACAUAUUAUGUGUGAAAAUUACAACUCUAGUGCCUAAAAAAAAAAAAGCACAAAAUGAAACUCUUCAGAAGUGACUAACCAUAUUCACUAUGCAUAGGAAAUAAUUCAAAACAGCAAUUAUAGGUUGGAGAGAUAACUUCUUCAUAUGAAAUGUAUGCGUCAUUGACAAUCUUAAUAUACACACCAGAUCAUCAGGAUAUUUUUAAGUUGUCUAAAGUGUCUUCAACAAGGAAAACAUAUUAUUUAUUGCUGUCAAAACUUUUAUUAUGAAUUUAAAUAGUUAAAAUGACACAAAUCAACUUCAUUAGUUGCCUUAAUGAACAAUUGUUUUACUGGUGGCUGGCAAUAAUUUUCUUGUGUUUCUGUGUAUAUCUUCAAUAAAAUUAUUUUUGGUGUUUUAUAAAGAUAAACUUUAUUAACUUUGAAGCAUUUCAUGUAUACAUUUUUUCAUGACAAAUUUUGAACUUUUAUUUAAGAAACCUGUGCCAGGUGGUGGCAGCACACGCCUUUAAUCCUAGCACUUGGGAGGCAGAGGCUGGCAGAUCUAUGAGUUUGAGGCCAACCUGGUCUACAGAGAAGGUUCCAGGACAACCAGGGCUACAGAGAAACCCUGUCUCAAAAAACAAAACCAAACCCUGUUAUAUGUCCCAAUUUAAAAUGUUAUAUACAUUCUCCAUAUGUUUUACUGUAAUCAAUGGCCUUUUGAUGAAUUUCAUUAAUUUUAAAAUAAAAUACUAAAAACCUGA